GACCAGAGCGUGCGCUGUGGGAAUCGCACCCGGCAGAGAUGUCGGCAGAAUUGGAGACCUCGGAGGGGAUGGACGAGUCGGAGAGGAAGCGCCCUGGGGCCCCAGGGAAGGAAGACCACGCCAGGAUGGCCGACCUCUCAGAGCUCUUAAAGGAAGGGACCAAGGAAGCGCACGACCGGGCAGAAAACACCCAGUUCGUGAAGGACUUCCUGAAGGGCAACAUCAGGAAGGAGCUGUUUAAGCUGGCCACCACUGCACUUUACUUCACAUACUCGGCCCUGGAGGAGGAAAUGAACCGCAACAAGGACCACCCGGCCUUCGCGCCCCUGUACUUCCCCUCGGAGCUGCACCGGAGGGAGGCGCUGACCAAGGACAUGGCCUAUUUCUUUGGAGAGGGCUGGGAGAAGCGGGUGCGGUGCUCCGAGGCAGCCCAGAAGUAUGUGGAGCGGAUCCACUACGUGGGGCAAAACACGCCGGAGCUGCUGGUGGCGCACGCCUACACCCGCUACAUGGGGGACCUGUCGGGGGGCCAGGUGCUGCGGAAGGUGGCCCAGCGGGCCCUGAAGCUCCCCAGCACGGGGGAAGGGACCCAGUUCUACCUGUUUGAGAACAUAGACAAUGCGCAGCAGUUUAAGCAGCUCUACCGGGCCAGGAUGAACGCGCUCGACCUGAGCCUGCAGACCAAAGAGAAGAUCGUGGAGGAGGCCAACAAGGCCUUUGAGUUCAACAUGCAGGUACAGGCGGGGCCGCUGCGGGGAGCAGUUCUGAGAAAGCACCGGGUGGGUGCCAGGGUGGCUCUGUCCCACUUGACAGCCUGUCUGGGGGUUUGGGCAAGGGCAGCGCCUCUGGCAUGGGACGAGCCCUCGGCCAGGGCCGCCCGGUGAAGUCCUGCUGGCUGAGUUCAGGGGCGAG